AUGGGAAAAGGUGCUCCACCGAGACCUUGUAAAGAGGUCGAGCAAGAACUACGUCACUUGAAGAUGGGUCUUCGAGAAGUCCAUAAGAUCUACGCUGCCUUUUAUCAGCUCAAACUAGACAUGCUGACAGUGAAAGAAGUCCCGACGGACUCUCUCAUCAACUUAGUUCGAGAUCGUAAGGAAUACGUAGCCGGCAUGCUACGGAAUUUGGUCGAACUUGGUGGUUGCUUCGACACGGUUAAAUGGGACGAGUUCCUGUAUAUCUUCCUCCGCUUCUGCUCCCUCUCUAAGAUCGAGCUAUGCCAGCUCAUGUUCCUAAUCAUAGUAAAAGACGUCAAGUCGUGGACAGUACACUAUUUGACAGCGUCUCAGCUUGAUGAGUUCUACUCACGGUGCAUACAGAGGAGCAUCCCGUCUUCAGCAUUCUGGGAGAACUACGAUCGUACGGAGGUUUUCAAUAGGAAACUCACGUUGGAGUUUUUCCUCAUGCGGAAGACCCACAUUUUCCUCCAGGGCGUGCCCGCCUUCCGAGAAACCUGUGACAUGCUCCUCCCGGCGGUCAUGGGAGCCGAUCCUUUGCAACGGAACCCACAUGCGACUGCUAGCACUGAGCGUGGUAACUCGCCCAAUGCCACUAGCGUUGAGCCUGUGGCUCCGCGUUCUCCCGAGCUGGCUACUGCUGGUUUGCUGACGAGUACUUACGCGACGCUAGAUAUCGAGUCGGUCAGCAAAGCUAGAACUUCCGUGACUGAGUUCGAGACGAAUCUGAAUCUUCUACCUAAAGUUCCCAGAAAGGCCGCUGCGGAAAGCGUUAAAUCUGGAGAAAAGAUCUCUACUGAGUUUAGGAAGAGUUUCGGUAAGGCCAAAAAGAAAUCAUCAGUGGAGGAGGAUUCUGAUGAUGAUGAUAUUCCGUUCGAUCGGAAAAGCAUAGCGAUGGACCAAAUUCCAAAGUGGAUGCACACUUUUGUGAACCCUCCAGUCAAGAAGUCUUUCACCGAACGAGCUCUAGAGGCAGAGUUCAUCAGAAAGAGUCGCGAGAGGAGAGAGGAGACGAAGAGCGUGGUUAGUUCUCUACGGCUUACUGUAGACUACCUUAAUUACGUUACGGAUCGUUACGGUUCCCUUUUACGGUUACACUUCAAGCUCCGUAUCGUGAAGUUACGGCGCCGUAACGGGUCUCACGUAGACUUUGUUGAAAAAUCGCUACGCUGCCCAUCCAUACGACGUACCAGUGGUCAGAUGCCUCACAGACGUCUUGACAAGCCUGAGGGGAAGAUACAGGUGUGUGUGGGUGAGGUCUAA